AGUCAUUUGUGUAAAAACGUUAUAAGGAAGCAGUCUAUUUUACUGAGUUUAAAGAAAAAAUAUAUAUAAAUGGAACGCUACAUGUACAGUGAUGUUGAACACCUCGGCGAAGAUCUUGAUUGUUUACUCCAAGUUAAUAAGGAGCCGGUGGAAUUCGACCCGAUGUGCGACAAGGAGAAUCCUCAUAAGAUUUCCUUUGAAGACGUCUCAGCGGCUGCCUUUAGGAUACAAAGUGGGAUUAUAAAAACGCCAUGCGUGAAAUCUCACAUGUCCUUAGAAUAUGGAAUGGAUAUUUACCUGAAAAAUGACUUUCUUCAGCACACAGGAAGCUUUAAAGAGCGGGGAGCUCGCAACGCGUUGGUCCUCCUUCCCUCUGAAGCGAGGCAGCGCGGAGUGAUCUCCGCAUCACUUGGCAACCACUCGCAAGCCCUCAGUUACCACGCGAACCUCCUUAACAUCCCCGCCACAGUCGUCAUGCCGAACGUGGCGCCCAUUAUGAAGAUACAGAAAUGCCGCUCGUUCGGGGCUAACGUAGUGAUACAUGGACAUGAUAUGAGGGAAGCGAAGCAUCAAGCUAUGGUGUUGGCUAAGGAGAGGAACCUCACUUACAUCAAUGGAUACGAUCACCCCCACAUCAUGGCUGGACAAGGAACUGUGGGCCUGGAGAUAGUGGAGCAGGUGCCUGACGUGGACGCUGUGUUGGUACCCGUGGGAGGCGGCGGGCUGCUGGCAGGCACAGCUACUGCCAUCAAACAUCUGAAGCCUCACGUUCUUAUUUACGGCGUGGAAUCGGAAAAGUGCGCGAGUAUGACCGAGGCGUUAAACAACGGACAACCGGAGAAUGUACACAUCCGCUCGACGCUGGCCGACGGUCUCGCCGUACCCACCGUCGGCUACAACGCUUACCACACUUCCAAGUCGCUGGUCGACAGAGUGAUAUCCCUGCCUGAGGACUGGAUCGCACGCGCCAUCUUGCUCCUUGUGGAGCAGGAGAAGUUCGUGGUGGAAGGCGGCGGCGCGGUCGGUAUCGCGGCCAUCAUGGCCGGCCUGGUGCCCGAGCUCGCCGGGAAAAAAGUGGUUUGCAUCUUAUCCGGGGGCAACAUCGACACCACAAUCUUAGGCCGAUGCCUGGAGCGAGGCCUGGCAGCGGAGUCCCGCCUGGUCAAGUUCAAGGUCACGGUUAGCGACCGGCCUGGGGGCAUCGCCGAGCUGUGCAAGGUCAUAUCCUCGACUGGCGUCUCUAUUAAGGACAUCAUGCAGGAGAGGGCGUGGGUGUGCGGGGACAUCUUUAGUGUGAGAGUAAAAGUAGUUUGCGAGACUCGAGGCCCCGAGCACACGGACGAGCUGCGCAGUCUGAUCGCGCGCACCUACCGCGAAUGGGUGUUCACGCGCGAGGCUGGGGACUACUGCCAUACGCCGCUCAAGAAUUACGACUCCCUUGACAACGUCUCGCACUAAUUUACGAGGCAAGGGAG